AUUUCUGGCAGAAGUCCUGGAGGGGAUUUGGGAGCAAAGAAGAAGAAAAAGAAACAGAAGAGAAAAAAGGAGAAACCAAAUUCUGGAGGCACCAAAUCAGAUUCUGCUUCUGAUUCCCAGGAGAUUAAAAUUCAACAGCCUUCAAAAAAUCCAGCCAUUCCAAUGCAGAAGCUUCAGGACAUCCAGAGAGCCAUGGAGCUGCUCUCUGCUUGCCAAGGCCCAGCAAAGAACAUUGAUGAGGCUACCAAACGUAAAUACCAGUUUUGGGAUACACAGCCCGUACCUAAACUCAAUGAAGUUAUUACUUCACAUGGUGCAAUUGAACCAGAUAAGGACAACGUCCGCCUAGAGCCAUAUUCUUUGCCCCAGGGUUUUAUGUGGGACACAUUAGAUCUUAGCAAUGCUGAAGUUCUGAAGGAAUUAUACACACUGUUAAAUGAGAAUUACGUAGAAGAUGAUGAUAAUAUGUUUAGGUUUGAUUAUUCACCUGAAUUUCUUCUGUGGGCACUACGUCCUCCAGGUUGGUUACCCCAGUGGCAUUGCGGGGUUAGAGUGUCUUCAAACAAAAAGCUAGUAGGAUUUAUAAGUGCCAUCCCUGCAAACAUUCGUAUAUAUGACAGCGUGAAGAAAAUGGUAGAAAUCAAUUUUCUGUGUGUCCAUAAGAAAUUGAGAUCUAAACGGGUAGCACCUGUAUUGAUUCGGGAAAUAACCAGAAGAGUGAACCUGGAAGGAAUCUUUCAGGCUGUCUACACUGCUGGAGUGGUGCUCCCCAAGCCUGUGGCCACCUGCAGGUAUUGGCAUCGAUCACUGAACCCCAGAAAACUGGUGGAAGUGAAAUUUUCACAUUUGAGUAGAAAUAUGACUCUGCAAAGAACAAUGAAGCUCUACAGACUUCCUGAUGUAAGCAGCGUGUCUCCCAGAGAAUCCCCACAGUUACUGAGGCCCAAAAUAACUGCCCAUCUGUCUCUGACAGGACAAGCUCUUCUGUGGAAAGGCAGUGCUUGCAGGACAUAGAAAAAUAUUUC